UCAUCCUCUGCCUCUAUUGCUGCAGCCCUGGUGCCUCUUGGUUCCAUGAAGAAAAGCACCCCCCCUGCACGGCACCUCCCCGCCGCGAUGGGCCGCAAGCAAUUCACUGCGUUGAUGUGUUGAUAUUGGGAUAUUUCAGUUAUCAAAUAUGAAUCAUGCAUUUGAUAUCUCUGGCCACUUUGCUCGUCAGCAUCCCUUCGAGUUGGCUUCAUCCGUCUCUAGCGUCAUGCGUUUCUCAAGGAGUAGAGGACAAGGUUGAGAGGGACGCAGUGCCAGCCCUGCUGAAGCAACAGGCAACUGCAGCACCUGCUUCAGACAACACAACACACCAUGCAGCAGAGCAUGUGAUCACCUACCCCUCGCGGUUGAUAUACUAUCUAAACGAGGACUCAGAGAGUACCUAUCAUGACUUGGACACCCGGACCAAGAACCAAGCCACAGAGGGCCAGGCGGUCCACCUCGCCCAGGCCAGCUUUCAACUAGAAGCUUUUGGCUCCAGAUUUGUUCUGGAUCUAAGUCUGAACAAUGACUUGUUAUCUUCAGAUUAUGUGGAGAUCCACUAUGAAGGAGGAAAACCUGUCCUAUCAAAGGGUGGUGAGCACUGUUACUACCACGGCCAGGUGAGAGGGAACGAUAACUCCCAUGUGGCCUUAUCUACCUGCAACGGGCUGCAUGGGAUGUUUGACGAUGGAGUCUAUAUGUAUCUAAUUGAGCCCUUACAACAGACUCAUUCAAUCGAUACAGCUGCAAGGCCUCAUACGCUCAGACGAACAGCGUCUCUUCACUGGAACAAUGAUUCAGACGAACAGGCAGAGGAGGAGCAGCUUUUCUCAGAACUGGAUGACUUGUCCUGGCUGAAGCGCAGGAAAAAGCGAGCCAUGCCUCGCAAUAUAUUUGAGGAGAUGAAGUAUUUGGAGCUCAUGAUUGUCAGUGACCACAGUAUGUAUAAGCGACACAGGAACAAGCAGCACACGAGAAAUUUUGCCAAGUCAGUGGUAAAUCUUGUGGAUGCUGUCUUCAAAGACCAACUACACACUCGUGUGGUGCUCGUUGCUGUGGAGAUCUGGACAGACAAAGAUCAGAUCCCCAUCAGUGUGAAGCCGUUGGAGAUGCUGCGAGAUUUCUCUAAGUACCGGCAGCAGAGCAUUAAACACCACGCAGACGCCGUGCAUCUCUUCUCAAAUGUGACCUUCCACUACCGCAGAAGCAGUGCAGCGUAUUUUGGGGGGAUGUGCUCUGUGAGCCGCGGAGUUGGAGUCAAUGAGUAUGGCACCACCUGGUCCAUGGCAGGGUCUCUUUCCCAGAGUCUGGCUCAGAACCUGGGCAUCCAGUGGGACCCGGCAUCCAAGAGAAAGGAAUGUGGCUGUGCUGACUCGUGGGUUGGCUGCAUAAUGGAAGACACUGGAGUUCAGCAUGCACGAAGGUUCUCCAAAUGCAGCAUCUCAGACUACAAGGAGUUCCUUCUGAAAGGUGGAGGCUCGUGUCUGUUUAACAGGCCAACGAAGCUGUUUGAGGCCACAGAAUGCGGGAAUGGAUUUGUAGAAGUGGGAGAGGAGUGUGACUGCGGAGGGAGAGCGGAGUGCUACAAGGAAUGCUGCAAGAAGUGUUCCCUCGCCAAUGGGGCACACUGCAGCGACGGCCCCUGCUGCAAUAACACCUGUCUGUUCUAUCCUCGAGGCUACAGUUGCCGCUAUGCUGUGAAUGACUGUGACAUUUCAGAAACCUGCUCUGGGGACUCUGGUCAGUGCCCUCCAAACCUUCACAAACAAGACGGUUAUUUCUGCCAGGUCGGCCAGGGCCGCUGCUACAACGGAGAGUGCAAGACUAGAGAGAACCAGUGUAAAUACAUCUGGGGUCCAAAGGCCGGAGGCUCAGAGAAGUUCUGCUACGAAAAGCUCAACACAGAAGGCACAGAGAAAGGCAACUGUGGAAGAGAUGGAGACAAAUGGAUCCAGUGUAGCAAACAUGAUGUGUUCUGUGGGUACCUUUUGUGUACCAAUAUUGGACGCACCCCACGCAUCGGAAUAAUGAAAGGAGAAAUUACCCCCACCACUUUUAACCACCAAGGCAAGCUGGUAGAUUGCAGUGGUGGCCACGUCCUUUUAGAUGAUGACACUGAUUUAGGCUACGUGGAGGAUGGGACUCCCUGUGGGCCGUUAAUGAUGUGCCUUGACCAUAAGUGUCUCCCCAUCCAGUCUCUCAACAUGAGCACCUGCCCCAGUGGACCUAACGGACAGGUGUGCUCAGCCCAUGGGGUCUGUAACAAUGAAGCCACAUGUACCUGCGACACCACCUGGGCGGGGACAGACUGUAGCAUGCCUGAUCCCCCUAAAGAGGUUGAGGUCCCUCCAGAAGAAGGGCCCAAGGUGAGCGUGGCCACUAACAGGCUGAUAGGGGCAGUAGCAGGGACCAUUCUGGCCCUGGGGGUGAUUUUUGGAGGCACAGGGUGGGGAAUAGAAAACGUGAAGAAACGGCGAUACGACCCCAACGCCACAGCCAUUUAACCCAAGGAGAGAUGGCAAUCACAGAUGGACUCCUCCAAGGCUUCCUUAGUUGGUUACCUGACAGCUGGACUGCACUUAUUGCUGCUGAUCUUUGGCAUUAGAUUUACUUGAAAAAGACAUAGUGGACAUUUUAACAAAUUCCAUUGUAGUGAGAUAGAAAUGCAGCCUUUUUGAUUCCACGUCACCCAUGUAACAAAUCCCUCCCACCCUGAUCUCUAGAGUGACAGAGCUCCUCCUCCAUCCUUUAGUGCCAGUGCACAGGCGUUUCAGGCGGAAUCCACACCACUCUCUCACCUGGCAUGAUUAUCCGCACAAAGCGUGCUGCUUGCUGGCGCCCUGGCAUGAAGAGCCCUCUCUGCAGGGCUCUGCAUGGCUACGAAAGCUACAAAUAUAUAUAUUGCAAAAAGUAACAUACAAAGAGAAAAAAAUCCAGUGCAAGAUCUAGCCUUGUCAAAAACUAAACCCUGUGGCAACUGGGUAAAGCUCCUACCGUUUUUAGACGACUAGAUGAUUACGAAGCAUAAAAAAGGCUGCUGCAUGAGAGGGCCCACGAGGGCAGUGCAGAGCACAUAGUGAAUGCACACACACAAGUUGCAAAAUUGUACAUAAAUAAGGAGUUCAGGUUUGAAAUUAACUGCAUAUUUUACAAGGACAUCAGUUGCUUUUGUUUUUUAUCUUAGCAUGAUGUAUAGCGGGUGUUUUUGGCAAUGUUAUUGAAUAACUCAGAUUUGAGCCAAAAUUUCUGGAAUAAUAUUAAAGUGUAUUAGGUGUAUCUACCAGGCAUUCGGCAAAGUACUGCAACCGCACACUGCACAGCCUGCAAUGAUUGUUCAGGGAGAUUGACCCAGCCAACAGAGCAGCUGUGGUGUCCAAGAGGAGAAACAUGUCAGUUCUAGAGAGAAAUUCAGAUUGAGAUCACAUCAGAUUAAUACCACACCAGGCUCCCCCUGAAGUAUCUUCAACAGUGUCUCAAAAGCCAAAGAUCCAAUCACCUGAACAUAUGGAUGUUGUUGCACACAGAGCACUUUCCCCUCUGUCUGCAGCCAGCGGUGCCUCUCCUACUGAUGAGAGCAUAAAGUCUGUCCAUGCAGGCACUCACCUGUCCAGCCAGGUCUCACUUAACAGCCCUCAUCAACACCCACUAUACUGGCUUAGCCUUUUGCUCUCAUAAACUCUUAGUAGAUCAAGUUCAGCUCUACUGGUAACGCUGCAUGCAAUCACUAUAGCGGGCUUAUAAUUCUAUAUGGGAGUCCCCAAAGUCUGCAAGAAAAAUACGCUACAAAAGAUAGGUGCAUGUCAACAACAAAACAUUUAACUUUUAUUUACUAUGCAAAGAGAGAUAUUGCACAAAAGUAUGGGUAAUAAUGAUAUCAAUGUAGACAUGGAAAUACAAAAAACCUCUGCUAAUCUUUUGUAUUUGGCCACUCCCACUUCUCGUUUCAUUUCGCUUCAAUGUACUUAACCAACAAAUGGACGAAUAUUAAUUAAAAAAAAAAAAAAAAGAUUACUACUUCCAAUGAAAAGCAAGAGAGCACCCUUUUACAUUUGUGUGGAACUGAAAAUCAUUUUUGUGUGUUUUUCAUCUGAUCUGAUAUUUUUAAACGCACACAUACGCACACACAUGCACACACACAAACACACAUACUGUAUGGUGCCUGUACAUAUUGAGGCCUGAACAGUUUCUUUGUGCAGGGCUAUUAUUACCAGUCCAGCUGAUAGUUGGUGUGCUCCAGGUGCUGCCAUAGCACUGGCAUCGUUGUAAACCUCCAUGUUACUCAUUGUCUAGUGUCCCUCUCUCACUGCAUCAUGUACAGUUGGACUGACAAAUAAACUACUGACAUAUUUUA